GUUGGCCAGGGGACCCGGGGCUGCGGCGCCAUGGCGGAGGCGCUCGGUGCCGGGGCCGCGGUUGGCGAUGGUGGCGGCGGUGCGAUUGCGGUCCGGGGGUUGCCAAGGCGGUGGCUGCGGUGGCUGCGGUGGCGGGACGGCCGCCCGCCCGCCUUGCGCUGACGUCACUGUGGAGAGAAGGUCCGAUUUUCGGGGACCUGGGGGGGACAUUCUGUGUGUUGUGGCGAACUGGUGCCCCCCUUGCGCAGAAGGGGCGGCCGCAACCGUGGGAAAGGGUUCCCGUGUUUAUAUUUGGCUCCUGGAUCUUCCAUCGCAUGGUCCCUGCGUUGGAGGGAUAGCGACUCGGUGUGCGAUCGGCGACUCGGUGUGCGAACGGCGACUCGGUGUGCGAAUAGGGACUCGGUGUGCGAUUGCGGCCUCGCUGUGCGAAUGGCGACUCAGUGUGCGUUUGGGGAGUCCUUGUGCGAAUAGGGACUCGGUGUGCGAAUAGCGAUUCGGUGUGCGAAUAGGGACUCGGUGUACGAUUGGGGGCUCGGUGUGCAGGGCUGGCUCCUGGCAUCGCGAGAACGUGCCCAGUGUUUCGGGGAUGCGAUCCCUGGUUAGUCUUUGCCGUUUCGGGGACAAAGGCUUUGGGUAUAAGGCGCCCGAAGGCGGGUUGGGUGCGCGGACUUGGGUGGCGCCUCUCAGCCUUUGUGCAGCGCCUCAAAGAUGGCCGCUGCCGCAGUGGCGCGGGGCGUGCAGGGCGCAGGCGCCAAAGGCAGGGGGACCGCCGCCCACCGCUCCCAGUGCCGCAGUGGGGGAGGUGCGGCGCCCGGCGCCUGCGCAGAACCGAGGGGGCGGGUCCUCGGGGGCGGGCUGAUGCCCCCCUCUCCAAAGUGCCGCAGUGGCAGAGGGUGCGGUCCUGCGCAGGCGCAUCGCACUGCAGUGGGCGGGCUUCGGGGAGGGCUUCUGCGCAGGCUCCGCCCGGCGCGGCGCGCGGCCACGCCCAUCGCCUCUUUAAAGCCGCUGCCUCCGGCUGCAGCCGCGCAGUCGCGGGAGGGAGGUGGCAGGAUGCAGGCGGGCUGGCGCGGCCUCUGCCACGCGGCAGCCCCUCCCCGCCGCACAAUGCGGACGGCGAGGAUGCGGGCGCUUUGUGCAGGGGCGACGCCUGCAUGCGCUGCCCGCCUGGACGAGCACCCAGAAGAGCGAGGAAGAGUGGAUCCAACAGCCUUCCCUGUAGCGGCCCCUCCUAUAACACUUUCCCCUUUCCAGGUUUGGGGUUCCACGCGGAGGCACCCCUGGGAGUCGGGAGCGGUGCUCGGUCCUCGGGGAGUCCGUGCAUGACGUCACCUUUCCAGAGGGGUGUCUUAAGGGGGGUCGGGGACCAAGGGGACGGCCGAGGGGAGAACCCGAAAAGCAGGGGGAACGGCCAGGGUCGGUGGGGGUACGUGGGGCUUUUUUUGUAAAUUAACGUCUGCGAUGCAUCAUUCUUGCAGUGGGGGGCGGGCGCCAGGAGAGGUCCUUUGAAAGGUUAUUGGGGGGGGGGCUCUUAACGGUUUUUUUUCCAGGAUUUAGGUGUGGCCCCCCUUUUUCCUCUCAUCCCUCGCACCCAGGACAUCUGGUUGUGCGGGGCUGGGAAGGAAUUUAACUCAGAAACGGCGUCCGCCCGGGGCGGGCUUUGUUCUGGGCGCUUUGUCCUCGGGGAGGAGGGGUGGCGGGGCCCGGGCUGGCGACGCAAGGACGGCGCCCAUUUAUUCUGUCAAACACGGUCCCGCCUCCCAUCUGCGAGUUGGCUUCGCGGGAGACGUGGCGCGGGGGGCGGGGGGGGGGCCCUGGUCGCCCGCCCGCAGGGGCCCCGUGGGGCGGCCCCGCAGGACCGUGCGGACGUGGCGGGGCGGGGCUUCGGGAGCCCGCGCAGGGGCGGGGCCGGGGAGCCCGCCCAGGCGAGCGGGGCCUUCGGGCAAUUUGACACCUUGUGUUACACUUUCUUUGGGCCUCGAUGUCGAGGCUCCUUUGUCCCCCCCACGUCGGGGCCGCGCAGGGGAGCCCGUUCUUUGUCCUGGGCCUCGGGCCCGCCCCCCAGAAUCCUCCGCGCGGGGUUUUGUUCUGGGCGAGCGAACGGGUUUUCUCACGUUUGUGGGAAAAGCUGCGGGCGGGUGCGCACCCGGUGUCCUUCGCUUGCAGUUUGCAGGUUUUUAUUGAGAUUUCAGCAGUUCGAUUUUACUGAUUUUUUUUGGGCG